AUGUUGAAUAUGUAUUCUUCUGUCGGUAGUCUCUUGGGAGACGUAUUUCUUCAUUUACUGCCGGAAACGUGGGCACAUGUCGGGACCGACCAGUCAUCAACGAUCAUUGUUGGAAUGUCAGUUGUUAGCGGAUUCUUGUUCUUUCUACUAAUUGAAAAAAUAUUUCCAGACGACGAUGACGACGAUAUAAAAAAAUCUGAUCACUAUUUGCAUCAAACAGAACAAAUCCUAGUAAAACAAAUGGAUAAUAUGACGAAACAACGACAUGUAACAAGGCAAAAUGGGCUAAUUCCAGAGAAUGAUCAACAUAAAGAGAUUACUGUCAAGAAGAAGAUCAAAACAAUGGGUUGGCUGAAUUUAUUGGCCAAUGUUAUGGAUAAUUUUACUCAUGGUCUCGCCAUCGGCGGUAGUUUUGCUGUGAGCCAUAAGGUGGGUUACACAUCAUUUGCCAGUAUUGUUCUACACGAGAUACCUCAUGAGUUGGGCGAUUUUGCCAUCCUGCUGAAAGCAGGAUUCACCAGACAGGGAGCAGCAAAAGUACAGUUUAUAACGGCAACUGCUGGUGUAUUCGGAGCAGUAUUUGCUUUGUAUUCAAGUUCAGUGGUGGAUACAGGCACUCGAACCGCAUAUGUUCUUCCAUUUACAUCAGGUGGCUUUUUGUUUGUGGCACUAGUCAAAACAGUACCAGAUUUGCUACAGAUGACCACAUUAGGAGAAUCAUUGUUACAAAUAUUUGGCAUCUUAAGUGGCCUGUUGGCUAUAGCGGGCGUUAUUUAUUUUUUUGAAUGA